AUGGAUGAGCAAUACGAUGUCAUUGUCUUGGGUACCGGUUUGACCGAAUGUAUUCUCUCCGGCAUCUUUUCUGUCGAAGGCAAAAAGGUCUUGCAUAUGGAUCGAAACGAUUAUUAUGGCGGAGAAUCGGCUUCCCUCAAUUUGACUCAGUUGUAUCGCAAGCAUCGUCCUGACAGUGCGGUGCCUACGGAUUUGGGCCGUGAUCGGGAAUACAAUAUUGAUUUGAUUCCCAAGUUCAUGAUGGCCAACGGAGAAAUUGUGCGGUUCCUGACCCACACCGAUGUCACUCGUUAUUUGGCGUUCAAGCAAAUCUCGGGCUCGUACGUUUAUCAGGAUGGUAACAUCUUCAAGGUGCCCGCCACCGAAGGCGAAGCCAUCAGUUCGUCCCUGUUGGGUGUGGUGGAAAAGCGCCGUUUGCAGAAAUUCUUUGAAUUCGUCAAGAACUGGAAAGAUCACGAUGAGUCCACCCACGAAGGUUUGGAUCUCCAAAAGAACACCAUGAAGGAAGUGUAUGAUAAAUUCGGUCUUGAACCGGCGACUCAGGAUUUCAUUGGUCACGCCAUGGCGUUGCAUCUCGAUGAUGGCUACCUCGCCCAGCCUGCCCGAGAAACCGUGAACAAGAUCAUCCUUUACGCUGCAUCCGUCGCUCGAUAUGGAAAGAGCCCCUAUAUUUAUCCCCUUCACGGUCUGGGUGAACUUCCUCAAUCCUUUGCUAGACUAAGCGCUAUUUAUGGUGGUACUUAUAUGCUUGAUCGCGGUGUGGACGAGAUUGUGUACGAAAAUGGAGUGGCUGUGGGUGUUCGUUCGGGUUCCGAAGUGGCCAGAGCCAAACAAAUCAUCUGUGAUCCAUCGUAUGCCAAAGAAAAGGUCAAGGCGGUCGGCAAGGUGGUGCGAGCUAUCUGUUUCCUGAAGCAUCCUAUUCCCAAUACCCAUGAUGCCGACUCGGCUCAAAUUGUCAUUCCUCAGAACCAGUUGGGUCGAAAUCACGAUGUGUAUGUUGCGUGUGUUUCGAGCAGCCACAACGUGUGCCCCAAGGAUAUGUACCUUGCCAUCGUCUCCACCCUCGUGGAAACCGAUGAGCCUGAAAAGGAGAUUGAAGCUGGUCUCGCACUGUUGGGUUCCAUCCAUGACAAGUUUAUUACCGUUUCAGAUAUUGAGGAACCUCUCGGUGACGGACAAGCAGAUCAAGUGUAUGUUUCCCGUUCAUACGAUGCGACAUCGCACUUUGAGACGGUGUGUGACGAUGUGAAAUCCAUCUACCGUCGUAUGACGGGCGCUGAACUCGUUCUCAAGCAACGACCGGCUCAAGAAGAUCAGGAAGACUAAAAAUUUUCUGCAUACCUUAAUCCCACAUUGACACACCUAUCCCUCUCCUUAUUUUUUCUCCCGCAACACAAACUCUCCAUCGUCUCCUUUCACCUUAGUUUUUUUACUUCCUUUUUUUUCUAUUUGCCUCCUUAAUUCUUUUUUAUAAGUUCUCAAAACCUUUGCAAAUACAGUCAUUUGAAAAAAGUAAAAAGUCACUGAGUUUGCAGAAAAAAAAAGCAUGUUCAACUACGAUCAUCGAGCGGUCCAAGGAUAAGAACGUAUUCACGUGCCAUCAAACUUCGUUUCUUUUUUUACUUGUAUUUUAUUUUUGAAGUUUUUUUCUAAAAAAAUGAAUGAGAUUGCUUGAAUAAUUGUUGCACCAAGCAAACUAACUUUAGCCGAUAGACAUCGGCUUGGCAUAGGCCCCCUCCUUUGAU